AUUGCGUGUGUCUCGUCGUUCCACGGUAGUUCAGAAUAAAACGCCGUUGGAUUCGCAACAGCUCCACCUUCGAAAGUUGAAGUGGCAAAACCAGUUUUCCCUCGAGUCUUAUUAAAUGACUUCUCAAGAUUGAGGAAAUAAUUCAAAGAAAUAAACUCCCAUUGACUUUCUGAGUAAACAAAAAUUUUCUGAUUCGUGAAUUUUUUUUUUCGCGUAAUUCUGGAAAGGAGAGUCUGUUACGUGCGCCAAUAUUUUUUUAUCUACUCUCACACUCUAGAUUCGCUAAAUAUAACUUGAAUCGUGUGGUCGUCAUUCGUGUGAGAAUAUUCUCGAUGCUGUAGAGUAACAGGAGCUUCAAAUUAACAAAAAUGGAUUUUGUUUAUAUGCCUGAGGUGCUGGCAUACGGUCCUCUGAGGAGUCCUGUUUAUCGGGAUUACGAGCAGCCUUGGAACAAGGAUUAUUUCACUUAUGGAAAGUCCACGUCUCAAUACACGACUCAUCAGGAGAAAAUUGCCUCCCAAAAAUCGCGGUGCGAUCAGUGUCAUUUGUGCAAACAAAACAAGAGGCGAGUCCUGGGGACGUACAUAAAGAAGUGUCGCUCCAACUCCGGCAACGAUAUUUUUGAGGAAAAAGAGGAAGGACUUGUUGAGGAGAUGGCAGAAGAGGAGCCUGAUAAAGAGGUAUGCCAGGAGAAGAAGAGUACCCCUGGUGAAACAGUCAAGUCAAAAUUCUCCUUCCUCAGUGGAAAAAAAAGUUGAGGUUGUGGUGAGAUUCACGAGAGAAAGAUUGAGUAGUUGUUAAGGAUUAAAUUAAGUUCGAUAAUUAAGACUUAUUUUGAUAUUUUGUUUAGAAUUUUAAGAUGCUCGUCCAAUAUCAGAUAUUUUGAAGAGAAGUGUAACACUUCUAGAAUCUUUUAAAUCCACUUGUUCUUAACGGAAGGCAGACCUUCACAAUUGGCCCCCAAGUCCUUUCUUAGCUCGAUAAUUUGGAAUAUUUGUUUUUCAUCUAAUAAUACAAUGGUGUGAUUAAUUAAUUUCGUCGCUCUCGAUAAUUGUGACAGCAUCAAUGUCAAGAACAUGCGAAUACUGAAUAAUAUGUCAUCGAUAUCUUACUAGAAAAGGAGCAAAAAGUCUUGAGCUUCGUUCAACAAAUAAUUACCACCAUUUAACAGUGGUUAAUCAUUAUUGAUAUGCGGACAUAACACAAAUGAAGCUUUAUCAUACCAAGUACUUGCUAUUGAGCCACUGUCUUAUCACUGCAAAUACGAUUUUUUUGUAACAAUCGGUAUCACCCAAAUUGAAACAAGUUUUAAGUAAAAAAACGUUGAGAUCGUCAAGAAGAACACGAUCUUCUCAAUUUUUCUAUUCAACGUAAAUCCUUCAUUGUUUGAAUGAGAAUAAAACCGGUUAAGAAAGUGUUCAUUUUUCAAAAAAUGAUGAAUCGAGAAAAGACAGUGGAUAAUGAGUCCUAAACGAGACGUCCUUCGUAUUUCUAUUUAUAAAUAGAUCCUAACGACCUUUAUAAGAAUAAAUUUUAUAUCUAUGUAAUCUAUUAACUCUGUGGAUGAUUUUAAUAUUAAGAUUGGAAUACUGCAAAAAUAUUUGGAAUCAGAUGGGCGAAACCAACUAAUUUUGAAAAUAAAAAGAUUUUUACAGAAAUGUGUGCUGGUUUAUUGAAUUGAAUGGUUGCAGAGGGCAACAGCAUUGAGCCUACGAAGAAAUACAACUCAACUUGCAGUAAAAAAAUUAAUUAACUUUAAAUUGCAGAAUAAAUAUUUAAAGAGGUUUAAAAAUUUUUAAAAACAGAUUUAGACAAAAUGGGACCGCAUUGAAGAGUCCUAUAAUCAAUUUGCAGGAUUUAUUUGAUACAUCAAAGAUUUACUUGAUAUUUUUUACUCAGAAAGUCUAUUCUUAAUAAAAUGUUGCAAAUCAAGUAAUUUCAGAAGAGAGGGAUUCUUUUCAAAAAUAAUUGCUUCGUAAUCGAUUUCUGAGUUGGAGAGGGCGGCAGCGUCAGCUCCUGUUGCACACGGCGCCAAUAAAUGGCCGAAAGAGAGACAUCAGAUUUAAUUUCAAAUAAAAAUUUCAACUAUUUUCCCUCAAAUCAAAAUGGUCAGACAAAGACUAAAAUCUUUUAAAAAUUGUGGGUAAUCUUACGAUCAAUGUCGAAGGAUAAUUAUCAUGAUAUUCUUCUAAUAACUCUCUAACAUAGAAUGAAAAAUUGAAAUUCCUUGGUACCGUGUGCAGGAGGAACUGUGGUAUCGUGUGCAAAAUGUAUAAAACCCAGAUUGAUGCUAGAGCACCCAGUGGCUCAAUAAAACUUAUCAGAGUACUUCGACUUUGUCAGUCGAUAAGGUAGAGCUUAAAUAUUUAACGAUUAUUCCGGAACAAUCGAGAUGGUGUGGGAGUUGUUGAAGACUCGUAAGGCCGAGGGGAAGAAAAAUCAAGAUGACGAAGGCCCGAAAGGAAAGAAGACGUGCAAAUGCGAUGAGACUGGGGGCUGCAGAUGCAACUGCAAUUGCCGAUGCAGGUGUGGAAGGAAGAAAGUACACAUUCGACCUCCAAUGUUCAAUUAUUACACUGACAUGAUGCAUUGAGAGGUCAAUCUGACAUAUAAUUCAAAAGAGAGUGGAAAAGAGAAUUUUUCUUCCUCAAGUGCUUUUACUAAUAAUUUUUUUAUCUGUUUAAACCGGGGUAUUAUGCGAGUGUGAUGCUAUUGUUGUAAUUCAGACUGAUUUAUUUAUUAGUUGGGUAACUUUGUUUUCGGAUCUGUCAUGUAUGAGAAUGAGUAAUAAAAGGAUUAAAGAAAGGAAAGAGAA